GUGCCCGAAACAAAUAUGGCGAUCUCCGCCUCCUUACACCUUUGCCGUAAACUGCUAGGGCUCCGCCGCUGGGCACGCUUGGCGCUCAAAGUGCGCGACGACUGCCUCUUUUCAUUCGGAGGCGGCUUGUCCAAUCGGCGGCCGCCAACUCUACUGUCCCGAAAGCCCGCCUGGCCAACCGGGAAAGGGAGCGUGGAGACUUGCAACGGAGCGCUCCAAUGGCAGCCUCGUACGUGGCAGGAAGAGGGGCAGCGCAGCCAAUCGGGUUGCGAGUGGGCGGCGAGCGUGUCGUCAAGGUGCCGGCUGUGGAGGGGCUUUUUUCAGUACGAGCCGAGCGAGCGGCCGAGGCGGGCGGUAAGAGGGAGGAUGCGGGCAGCCAACGGGCUCUGGGCGGCGCUGGCCUUGAUCCUGCUCCCUGGGGAGAGCCACGCUCUGCGGGAGGGAGACUGCGAAGUGUGUGUUUCAUUCUUGGGAAGAUUCUACCAGAGCCUAAAGGAGAAGAAUGUUGAGUUCACACCAAACAGUAUUGAAAAAGAACUUUUAAAAUCCUGUAAAGAAGCAAAAGGCAAAGAGAACCGUCUGUGCUAUUACAUUGGAGCAACCAGUGAUGCAGCCACUAAAAUAACUAAUGAGGUGUCAAAACCCCUAAGUAAUCACAUCCCUGUUGACAAGGUUUGUGAGAAGCUGAAGAAGAAAGAUAGUCAGAUCUGUGACCUGAAAUAUGAUAAACAGAUUGACUUGAGCACUGUGGACCUGAAGAAACUGAGAGUCAAAGAACUGAAGAAGAUUCUAGAUGACUGGGGUGAAACAUGCAAAGGCUGUGCAGAAAAGUCAGAUUACAUUCGGAAAAUCAAUGAACUGAUGCCUCAGUAUGCACCAAAAGCAGCCAGUUCACGGACAGACCUCUGACCACCAUAGUGGCCUCUAGAUCAUUAGCAAAUCAAACACAAACUAUGUUAAUCUUUCUUUUUUCUUUUCUGGAAAGCUGUUUUUGUAACUUAUUUAACUGGGUUUCAAGUGUCAAAGUGAAGCGGUUCUUGCAAUGCUGGUUCAACUGCCUCGUCGUGUCUCAAGUUUUUAUUUCUUUUGUCUCCAGUUUAUGUUUAAGACAUCGACUAUGUAUGGGAUUUUUGAAAUAAAAGUUAAGAAAGCCA